AUGACUCUCCGCUGGGGAAUUGUAACUUCGGGGAAAAUCUCCCAUGACUUCGUCAAUGCAUUUAACAGCUAUCCUGAUGUUGGAGACCAGGUUAUAGCUGCGGUGGCUGCCCGGGACAAGUCCAGGGCAGAGGAAUUCGGCAAGAUUCAUAAAAUUGGAAAAGUGUUCGAUUCUUACGAUGAUAUGGCAACAAGCAAUGAUAUAGAUGUGGCAUAUAUAGGAGCUCUCAACCCAGACCACUACAGACUUGCAAAAUUAUUUCUCGAAUCUGGCAAACAUGGUAAAUUGGGUGAUGUACAAUUUGUUGAAGUCAAUUUUGGAAUUCUAAUUGCAAAUGUUGAUAGAUUAAGAAAGAAAGAUUUAGGAGGUAGUGCGAUUUUAGACAUCGGGAUUUAUGCUCUACAAUUUGCUCAGUUUGUAUUUAAAGAAGAACCUAUAAAGGUUACUGCCGUUGGCGAACUAAAUGAUGAAGGUGUGGAUGCGGUCGACACAGUCGUUCUGGAAUAUUCGGGUGGUAGAAGAGCCGUACUCAAUAUACAUUCAAAAGUAAAACUAUGGAAUAAAGCCACCGUGUACGGGUCAUCUGGAAGAGCAACAGUCGAGGAUCCCUUUAACUUCCCAAAUACUUUAAUCCACGUCGACGGAAAAGUGGAAGAGUUUCCUCUACAUACAUCCAGUUUGAGCUACAACUUUACUAACAGCGCGGGGUUGGUUUACGAAGCUGUUGAAGUUGCGUGCUGUAUUCGAAAGGGUGUAAUAGAGUCGUCGCGUAUGACUCAUCAAGAAAGUCUCGUGUUAGCUAAAUUGAUGGACACUGUACGAACUCAAGUCGGAGUUCAUUUCGAUGUUGAUGACAAAGAAUAU